UCCUCCAGACCAGCCAGCCUCCACCAUGUGUCACACCAGCUGCUCCUCAGGCUGCCAGCCAGCCUGCUGUGUGUCCAGCCCCUGCCAGGCAUCUUGCUGUGUGUCCAGCCCCUGCCAGGCAUCUUGCUGUGUGUCCAGCCCCUGCCAGGCAUCCUGCUGUGUGUCCAGCCCCUGCCAGCCAGCCUGCUGCAGGCCUGCCAUAUGCAUUCCUGUGAGGUACCAGGUGACCUGCUGUGUGCCUGUGAGCUGCAGGCCCACUGUGUGCAUGGCUCCCUCCUGCCAGUCCUCUGUGUGUGUGCCCGUGAGCUGCCGGCCUGUCUGUGUGAGCUCCUCCUGCCAGUCAUCCGGGUGCUGCCAGCCCUCCUGCCCCACCCUGGUCUGCAGACCUGUCACCUGCAGCAACUCCUCCUGCUGCUGACCAGUGACCCAGUGAAGAUGGGACAACCUGUCCCCUCCUAGCACCUGUCUCUGGCUGCUGGUUCAGCAUAGGAGGCAGACAGGAAGGCCAUCCUGCCCACCCUGGCUCUGGAGAGAGAACAAGGAAGAGUUAUCUGGAUCCCCCUCUCCUUACCCUUUGGAAGGGUGCCCUGGCUCCAGGGCCAUCUCUAACUUUUAUAAAUAAACCAGUUUCUCCAGUUCAA